AUGGCGAGGUAUUUGGCGGAGCAACGGAGCUUGAUGCGACGGGGAUACUAUGCCUCGUUGUCCCGGAGCCAGCGACGAGCGAAUCGGCUCUCGCGUGAUGGCGAAGGGCGACGGAGGGAGGCGUCCCCUGAGCUGCAGCUCCUUGCGUCCCCACUGAUCUCAUCGGAAGGGUCAGUGGGAGCCACAGGGUCGCCGUUGGUGUCUCCUGGGGCCAGCGAGGCCGACAGCGAUGUGGUGAUGACGAGCUGGGAACCGGCCCCCAAGAAGGCUCGACCAGUGGCGAAGCGACCGGCGAAGCGGCCCUCAACAGAGGCGGAGGAGAGACCGACGGUGAGGCGGCCACCGACAGACGCCGAGGAGCGAGAAGCCGAGGAGAAGCGGGUCGCUGGUCGCGAUCCAGCGGAUCGCGCUGGAGGCAGCGAAGGAGGCGCUGCGGCAGCGGCAGGUCUGGGAGGACGCGCAGGCGCGGGCGAAGAAGGUGAAGGCCACGCAGGAGGCGGAGCAGGCCGGCCGGGGGAAGGAACGGGCCCGGUGGGAGGCGGAGGAGCACCACCGACGGUGUGCGAGACCACCGACGGACGCCGAGGAACGAGAAGCCGAGGAAAGGGGCGUGCAGUGGCCGGGAGGAUCGCGCUGGAGGCAGGGAAGGAGGCGAGGCGGCAGCGGCAGGUCUGGGAGGACGCGCAGGCGCUGGCGAAGAAGCUGAAGGCCACGCAGGAGGCGGAGCAGGCGGCCGAGGAGGAAGGAAAAGGCCCGGCGGAAGGCGGCGGACACCACCGGGCGUGGCUGAAGAACGCACGCGAGGAGGAGGGCGGAGGGCCGGGAAGCCGCGAGGAAGGGCGAGGCGGAGCCCGAGGAGGGGCGGCGAUCGGCGGCAGCGGAGCCAGCAGCAGAACCGGCAGCGGCGAGCGCGACGGCAGCGGAGCCAGCCGCGAGCGCAGCGGCAGAGUCGGUGGCGGCAGCGGAGCCAGCGACGGCGAGCGCGGCGGCAGAGUCGGCGACGGCAGCGGACACAGCAGCGGAGCCAGUCGCGAGCGCGGCGGCAGAGUCGGUGGCGGCAGCGGACACGGCAGCGGAACCAGCAACAGCGAACUCGGCAGCGGCGGGAGAUCCAGUGAGAGCGAACGUGUCGUGUGCGAACUGAGUACGGCGGAUUUGGGCCUAACGCUAGGAAUCGUUGUCGUACCAGUUCUAAGAGCCGACAGUGCCACGCUUGGGGAUUCCGAGGAACGUGAGAGCGAACGUGUCGUGUGCGAACUGAGUACGGCGGAUUUGGGCCUAACGCUAGGAAUCGUGGUCGUACCAGUUCUAAGAGCCGACAGUGCCACGCUUGGGGAUUCCGAGGAACGGCGAGUGGACGAGAAGGACCGAUAG